AUGAAGUCCCUGAAGGUGCACUUGGAGGUCGAGGGGGCGGACAGCGAGAAGAUUGCGCAGGUCUUCGACAGGGUCCGCGGCCGCGACUCGGCCGCCCCGAUGUACCACACGGCGACGCACCCAGAAGAAUUCCAUGACGACCCCCAAGCGCUCUACACUGUAGGGGAUAUUCCCACCAUGCCGCCUGAGGGGUGCAAGAAGGUAAAGCAUGUUUUUUUUGCCGUUGUCUUGAACUACCAGGGGGACAUCGACUUGGCCGCGGCACGGGGGGCCAUGCUGGUCAACAACUACAAUGGCUUGCCAGAGCCUCUGCGCCCCAGAACAGGUUGGGAAGCGUUGUGCACGAUGCAGGUGGCGCUAGCGCCCUCGGGCGAUGGCGAGGGCACAGACAUCAUCAAGUACUUUCUGUUCUCGAGUCCGCAGCCGCUGGUCGAUGUCGAGAGUCGCCUCCUGCGCGAUGGCGAGGCAUUGUGCACGCCAUCCUGGGGCAAGGGAGGUGGCGUCAAGACGCCGUGGAAAGUUUUGGUCUACAUGAUGGAUCGGCUCGGUGGCACGCACUUUCGGUGCCACUUACCCCCGCAGGCGAAGGGCGCAAAAGAAAAGAAUACGUGCAUUCCUCAGGACGUGAUUGGUUCCCAGUACCAGUUUAUUAAGGACAACGCCCCGCGCGGCAACUUCGAUUGCGAGCAGAUGAUGCGGAUCGACUUCCAGCUGGGCGACCCGCAGAGCUCCGUCCACAACUGGAAGGAGGGGAAGAUCAAGGAGGUUCUCUCGCACAUCAAGGACCAGAGCAUUCAAGCGAAGAAGAUCACGCAUCACCCCAUCUUCAUCUUCGACUCGGGGGUCGAGGGCGUCGAGCGCGCGAAGCGCCUCGUUCCUACUUUCAAGAGCCAUUCCUGCCUCAUGACGCCGUACCUGGAGACGAUGGCAUUCGCCAUGGCCGACUACCACGCGGACAAGCAGGGCGACCGCAGUUUGGCAUCGCACCGAGAGGCGCCAGACCUAGACUUCUUCAGGGCUGAGGGGGGCACGAAGAAUUGCCCGUGCGUCUUCGACGAUGGCGGCUUAUUCGAGCAGCGCCCGAAGACGCUGAAGGCUUUCUUGGACGUCGGCCAGUUCCAGGCGACGACGAGGGAGCGGCGGGGGGCAGCCAAAUUCGUUCGCGGUCAGGCGCGCUUCGCCGCGGAGAACAUGUACGACGAGACGAAGAAGCGGAACCAGUACUUGUUCGACAUGUUGAAGCGUACCUUUCCCAAGGACAUGUCCAAGGCGAACGUCGCGGCCCUCUUGAAGCGGUCCUCCGCGGUCGUGAACACCCCCGAUGACGCGUUCGAGCGCUUGGCGGGGCUGGACUCGGACGUGACGAGGGCUCCGAAGGUGGGCCACUACAUCACCGCGGCGGCGGGCAAUAUCUUGCACGACUACAUCAAGAACGGCGCGAUGCGGGACGCCGAGGAGCACCGCGCGCUCAGGGACAAGCAGCUCCGCUUCAUGAAGGCGCUGCUGGACAAGGGGGCCGCGCCCGUGCCUCUCGCGGUGAAGAGGGAGCUCCUUGACGACGCCGAGGGCGGCAGUGGCGCGGCGGCCAGCGAGCCCCUCCCCAACUUGCCAAAGCGCGUCCUUUGGGCAAGGUCAUUCGGGGCCAUGCCGCAGGGCGAGAUCGACCUCUCGACCCCGCCCGACGCGCCCCCUGGCGCUGCCGCCGGGCCGAGCUCCCAAGACAUCGCCGCUGCGUUCGACGACGCGGACAGCGGCGAUCAGCUCGGCGUUGGCGGCGGCAUGGACGAUGCUUCGGAUUGA